UUUUUAUGAUAAGAUAUAGUAUUAACUCAAAACUUGAACAUUUAUUAACUGAUGAAAAUAGUUUUGUAAAUCAAUUUUGCAAGAUCGGGAUAGAAAUGCUCAACAGGUAGUCAGGAAGUCAUUUGUGACAACAGAACUCGGUGACAACAGAUGCGCAAAUGAAUCUCAUGUUGGCAACAGGUGAUAUUGGACAUGAUUUUUAUUUCUCACGUGGCACGAAUACCUGGUAUGUACGCACGUGGAGGUAAAGCAUUUGAAAAUACGAAGAUGACGCCAUCGGCGUUGCUGAAUGUGGCGCAUUGUUGAUGGUUGCUAAGGUAACUAGCCACCUCAUCAAGGUGUCAAUAUCUGCACGUCGGUUAAAAACUUAAAAAACUGAUACCUGCAGACCAGUAAAUUUUGGUUGAGAAUUAAGGUGAUAUGAAUUGUGUGAGUUUUUAAGAAAUUUGAACGAUCAAAAAAUAUAUAGAAUGAGCAAAUCAAGUGAAAGUAACGUUACAAUUCAAGUAUCUAAUAUUUUGAAGCCAACUUUGCAAGAUAAUGAUUUUCUUCAAAGCUUCGUAAGAAUUGGAUUAGAUGAAGGUUUAGGAGAUACGAAAAAAAAAUUAGAUGCUACCGAGCAAAUAAGAAAAGAAAGUAAAGAGUACAUAAGUGAUAAUCGAGCUAGCUCAUCAGAGUUACAAGAUUCAGUUGUUAGUAAAAAAAAAAGUGAAGAAAAUAAAAAAGAUAUGAAACCAAGUCGACGGUUCAAUAAAGGUUCUGUCGAGUAUGAAAUCAAUGAGCAAAAGACUAAUAAAGUGCGCCGACGAAAAACAAGUAUUUCACGUAGACAAGAGGAAGUAUAUACUGAUAAAGAUCGUGCUGCCGCAGUCAAUAUGGGUACUCGUGAUAUUAUUCAAUCAUUAAAAAUAAAGCGCCGACAAGAUCGAAGCAAGAUGAUGCAAAUACCGGAAGAAGCUGAACCAAGUGCUAUGCUAGCGCUUGGUACACGUGAAAUGCGGUCGGGGAAUCUCAGCGUUGCCAUAAGCUGUAUCAAUAAGGCACUCGAAUUAAGUCCAAGCGAUAAAAACGCAUUAUUAGCUCGGAGUAAAUGUUACUUAUUGCUUGGAGAACCACAAAAGGCACUUAGUGAUGCGGAAGCAGCUCUAAAUGAAAAAAUGAACGAUUCCAAUAAUGCCCGAGCAAUUUUUUAUAAAGCUGAAUCAUUAUAUCACCUUGGAGACUUUGAGCUAAGUCUUGUCUUUUAUUAUCGAGGCAUGAGAAUUAGACCUGAGUUUGAUCAGUUUCGAUUAGGUGUACAAAAGGCUAAAGAAGCUAUUCAAAACAUUCUGGAUCAUUGUGCACCAAUCAAAAUCGAUUCUCAAAUGGAAAGAAGAGGAUUUAAAAAACCCAAAUUUUACAAUCUAUUAACGAAAACAGCAGAAAAAGACAAAAAAAUUCAACAAGCAAACGGAGAAAAAACAAUUCAGCAUCAAAAUAAUUCUUCAACAGAGCUUUUUGAAAAAUGUAAAAAUUAUUCGGCUAUUAAACGUGAAAGUAGUAAUCUCCUCGGCCAAUUAAAUGUUGAUAAAAAGUAUCUACAAGAAUUAAUAAAACGACCAGGUAUAAUUAAUCAAUCAUAGAAGAAUACAUUUUCAAACAUAUGCACAA